ACGUACGUAAAAUGAAAUGAUAACGACGAAUUUUUAAAUUGAUAUUCGUAAGUUUCAAAUUACACCGUCGUUUUAAUCGUAUAUUCCACGAGUACCAUAAUUUAUAUGUUAAUACGAGUAAAAAAUAUUCGUACCUACACAUCGGCUCAGACUUGCGAUUGCUCUUUGAGAACUGGUCGAUCACAUCUGUAUCUCACAUGGUUCGUCUCCGCGUUAUCGGUCAAUACUCUGCGUUUUUUAUUCUUGCGAGUACAUAUUUUUAAAUGAAAAUGAUUUUCGAGUGGAUUUUAAUUUGGUGUUUUUUACACGGUUCGAUAGCUUUUCAGCAGCAAGUUCGUAAAAAACCUCAUAUAAUUACAAUUAUCGCCGAUGAUUUGGGAUGGAACGAUGUCGGAUUCCACGGAUCAAAUCAAAUACCAACCCCGAACAUCGACGCUUUGGCUUAUAACGGUCGAAUUUUAAAUCGCCACUAUACUCAGCCUAUCUGCACACCUUCUAGAGCCUCUCUACUCACUGGCAGAUAUCCAAUUAGAUAUGGGUUGCAAGGUCCGCCUAUAUACACCAGAGUUCGGAUAGGAUUACCAUUGGAUGAGAAAACAUUACCACAGGUUGAAAAUUUAUUAUUUGAAAGAACUCGGAUACGUUACAAGAUUAGUAGGUAAAUGGCACUUGGGUUAUUAUCAGAAUGAUUUCACUCCUCUAAACCGAGGUUUCGAUUCACAUUUUGGAUACUAUAACGGUUGGACUCGUUACAACGAUAGCAUUCUCACUGUUGAUGAUGUUUGGGGAUACGAUGCCAGAGACAAUUACAACCACGCCGGCGACAGAUUUCGUGGCAGGUACGCCACCGACGUAUUUACCGAAGAAGCUGUAAAUAUUAUCAAAAAACACGACACAUCUGAGCCAUUGUUUCUAGACCUAUCCCAUUUAGCAGUCCAUGCUAUCGUCGGUGAUAUCUUACUGGUGAAAAAUCAAACCGAAAAUGAUGAAAAAUUUUCCUACAUCAAAGACCCACAUAGAAGAUUAUUCGCUGGUAUUUUGACAGAACUCGAUAAAUCAGUGGGAAAGGUGAUCGCCGCUUUGAAUGAGAAAAAAAUGCUGGAAAAUUCCAUAAUAUUGUUCAUGUCUGAUAAUGGAGGGGCAACAGAAGACAACAACGAGAGAGCUUCGUUUAAGAAUAGUGCUUCGAAUUGGCCUUUACGUGGUUGGAAAAGCUCUGUAACCGAAGGUGGUGUACGUGGAGUGGCGACAAUCUGGAGUCCACUCAUCAAUGCCACUUCCCAUUCUGUAUCCAAUGAAAUAAUUCAUAUUACCGACUGGUUACCAACGUUUUACGCGGCUGCUGGAGGAAAUGUUGAAAAAUUGGGUGAAAUUGACGGCGUUAAUCAGUGGCCAUAUUUGACUGGAGAACGAAACUCGUCAGCUCGUAAAGAAGUAUUGAUUAAUAUUAACGAAGUCACCAAUGAUAGCGCUAUUAUAAUCGAUGAUUGGAAGUAUAUUCGACUGAACGAAAGCACUCCAAAACGAUACGAAGGCGCCAGAGGCCGAGACAAUAGCCACCCAUAUAACAUGGAACAAGUCCUACAAAGCAAAACCCACACAGUAUUGAACAAAUUCUCUUCAAAUACCUUCGAUUCGGUCAAACAAUUUGCAUCUCUACGAUUACGAUCUACCAUCGAUGACAAAUGCUGGGAACGUAUCGAAGUAGUAGAGAAGACCGAGUAUUCCGCAAAUUUGCGAUGUUUCCAAACAGGUUGCUUAUUUAAUAUUAAAAAUGAUCCUUGCGAGUUCACCGAUCUCUCAGAAAACGAACCCAACCUUAUAAGCAAGUUCCAGAGUAAAAUGCAUCUUUACCGGAGACAGCUUGUACCUCAGCAGAAGGCAUCCGCUGAUCCGGACUGUGAUCCGAGGAAAUAUCACGAUUACUGGAGCCCUUGGGUUGAAAGUGAUGGAAGUGUCGGGUCGUCGAGCUCGAACGUGGUUAUGAUUUUUGUGGCGGGCUUGGUAUUGUUUUUAUUCAAUCACGUAUGAUGUUAGAGGUUGUUAAAUGUUCCUGUUUAGUAAAUAAUUUUUUUAAUUUUGGU